ACAUGAAGAAAGCAAAUAGUCUAGAUAUGUCUCAGAUGAUAAAAAACAAAGUGAAUAUACCUUUUCACUUUUUGAAGUACACAUAACACUCGGAUUUAAAUCCGAUGUUUUCGCAUUUAUUUCUUUUUCUUUUGAAAAAAUAACUUUUUAAUUUUAUCGUUGGAAGUAAAGUAUAUGUCCUUGACCUCUUUUCGUUUUUGAUAUCUCACAGUUGAGACAACACGAUUAUGUAAUAGAAUUUAUUUUUCUUAUGUUUACAAGCUGCGUCCUAUAUAUCAUCAUUGUAUAAACAGUAUACUCGUUAUGCAUAAUUGUCCGAUAUUAAUUAAGAAAAGUUCGUGAAGUUUAUGAUCUCUUAUAGAACUUUGAAAUGAAAAGAACAUUCGAAAUAUUGUUUAUAUUUGCAAAAUUUUCAGACUGCAGAUCUAUCUCGAAAUCCGAAAUAAUUUUUCAUAAUUCGAGUCGGACAUUGAAACUAAUAUUACUUUUAUUCUAUGCUAAAGCUUAUCUUUAUAUCUUGUUUGAAAAAACAUAUUCGAUUAUUAUAAUUUCUAAUUUUCAAAAAUAAUAACAUUUUACUUUUAGUCUACAUCAAUAUCGUCAAAUGAAUUUCGUAUUGCAAAUUCUCAACAUGAUGAUGCCGAUGCAUUUUUUACUGAUCGACAACAAGAACAACAACAAUAUUCAAUACAACAAAAAACUGAUGACGAAGAAUGGGAUGAUACACGUCGUUGGGUUGAUGAACUUGAUUUAAAUACUUCAUUUAUUCCACAACAACAAAGUCGUGGUGUUGGUCCAAUAGGCAUGUCACGUGAUAGUCUUAGUGCAGGUAAUAAUCUUCUACAAUCAAGUCAUAAUCGACGUGGACAACAUAUGCCAGCAUCCCAAAUAGCUGGUAUUUCACAAGCAACACCUAUUGAAAUUGACUUAAAAGCUAAAAUGGCUUCAAUUACUAUUCAACGUUGGUAUCGAAAAAUUCGAAUGAGACGUAAAAUGGCUGAAGCUGCAUUAAAAAGAGUACUUGAACAAAAAAAAAUUGAACAUCAAGCAUCAAUGGAACGAACAAAAGAAUUAGAAAAAUUAUCAUUACUUGAACAGAAAAAAAAUCGAGAAGAUAAACAACGUCAAACACGAUUAACAGCACUUAAAGAAGCACAACAACGAAAAAAACAACAAUAUGAAAAUCAUAAUAAACUUGAUGAACGUCGUCCAUCAACACCUAAUCAUCGACCAUCAUCAGCUAAACAUCGAACAAAUCCUAGUUCACCACCACUUCCACCAUCACCUUAUGUUGACGAAAAAAUUACAUCUCCUCACUCAACAUCAACAUUAUCUUCAACAUCAAAAGUAACAUUAACUGAUGUUUAUGAUACAUUAAGAAAAUUAGAAGAAGUCGAACGAUUUCCAAUUCAACCUACACAUGAAAAUGAUUCAGCUUAUUUAAUCGAUCCAACAUCAUUUGUCGAUGAAUUACCACCACCACCACCUCAAGCUCCAAACCGAGUUAAUUCAAUUUUAUCCUAUUUAGAUGAAGCUAAUCGAAAUGAUGUCAUUGUUGAAAGUGUCCGAUCACAAAAAUCGACAACACGUGAAACAUCAACACCUGCUACAGUUCGUUUUACAACUCCGCCUCAAUCAACUCGACAACAACAACAACCAAAAAAAUUAUCCCAAUCAGUUGUUAUAACUCAAAAUCGAUCGUCACCAUCAGUUGAUCAACAGACUAAACAAGGAACUAAAAUCACAACACCACAUAAAUCUUUAAUGGUUGCUGUUCAACCAGUAAAAUCAACCGAAGAAGAUUUUGAAGAUGAUGAAGGUGAACUAACUCGAACAGCUCAAGAUGUUACAGAAACAGUUUUACAAUUAAGAAUGGAUAAUGAAGAAAAACAACGGCAAUUGAUUAUUCUACAACAACGAUUAAAUCAACAACGUGAAUUAAAUAUUCGUCAUGCAAAAGAAUCCGAACGUGAAUUAGAACAUCGUUUACAAUUACAAAAAGAUGAUUAUGAAACUACUGUUCAACGUCAUUUAACAUUUAUUGAUCAGGUUUGUUAA